GACAGUGACAAACAAGCCAAGGUGUCAUUGAUGACAAUGCCAUUGCUACCAUAACACACCUGUCUUUCUACAUAACAACAUUCACUCUUCCCUCCCUUCUAUCUUCCAGUAAAAUCUCCUCUUCCCAAACAUCAUGUUUGAUCCAAGAACUGAACUUUCUAACACAAAUGACAGUUAUGACCGUUGGGGGGAUAUUAAUCACAGUGCCAGAGCCCGAAAAACUGCUCCAAACUAUGAGAAUUAUGGGAAUUGGAAUGGUGGUGGGGUUAAUCUUAGGCCUCAGAAUAUGGCUGAUGAGUCUGGUGUUUGUUCACCACCUUUGUGGAACACUAGUCCACCUAGAAGCCCGGUCCAUCAGCGGCCUCACCACAACAAUUAUCGGUAUCUCUCUCCUGCAUCAAGAACUCAAGCAAUUGCCAGAGGCCAGUGGGAGCUUAUGGAGAUGGUCAAGAAAAUGCCAGAGUCAAGUUAUGAGCUCACUUUGAGAGAUCUUGUUGUGCAGCCUAGAGCAGAACCUCAAGAAGACUGUUUGGUUCAAAAGAAAAUUUUUGGUGAUGAAGUUGGAGUGAAGGUAAAGAGGCAAGAAAGUAAGAGAAAGGAAAGGAAAGUAAAAAUGAUGAACAGUAGAAGUACUGAAAAUGGGGGAUUGUUUCUUAAGAUGGUGUUUCCAGUUUCUUUGGGAUCAAAGAAGAAGAAAAAGAAUUCAGGCCCAAACAAAUGUGCAAAAAUUUCUCCAAAGCCUGAGAAUUUGGAUAAGUCUUCAAAGGGUGCUGAGAAGGAUUGGUGGAAGAAAAGAUUUUCUGUUUCAGGUGAGAGCGAAAACGGUGGAAAUAGUAACAAUACUGGAAGCAAAGGCAGCAGUGGCAGCAGCGGAAGCAGCCGGAGCAACAGCACCAGGAAGACGAGUGAUAUUUCGCCUGGAUGCUGGUCUGGCUUCUUCUCCAAGAACAGCAAAUCUGCAAACUAAAAUGAGCCAAUGUUUCUAAAUUCACCUACUACCUAGAUAGUCCUGUAAAAAGCCUCCUAAUAUUGUCUAGAAACAGUAGAGUAUCAGAAAUUGUCAGUAUAAUAUAUGUUUAUUCCUGAUAUCUUUGAAAAGUUGGCUGUGUUUUCGUUUUAAUCAGAGGGUUUUUUGUUUUUUUAUCUUUAUUAACCGCGAGAUGGUUGCUGUUCUCAAUCCCGUCUAUGCUUCUGCUAGAAAAUUGUGUAGUAAAUUGCAAUUCUAAUAUGUGAAUGUUAUAUUGCUGAUUUCUGUA